CUUGCUGUGUAGAGAAAAAAAAUAGUCACAAAAUUACUCUUCGAGAACCAAGAAGAAUUCAAGAUUAUACAAACAUUUCUCGAAUCUUGUUUCUAUGGAUAAAGGCGAAAAUAUUGUAGGAGAAUCAUCCGGGUCUAAACUGAACCCGAAUGCCAAGCCAUUUAGAACUCCAGCAAAUGUAGCACGGUUUGAAAGAACCCCGGUCGAUCGUGAUAGAACGUUGCUCAUGAAAUUUUCCACUGAUUUCCCACCAUUCUCUCAGCAAGAAAUUCACAACUACUUUACAGAGCGAUUUGGGAACAACUGCAUUGAGAGCCUUUACGUACCCGGGCGAGAUGAAAGAGAUUCAGAGUUGGGAAUUAUUACAUUCUCAAGACCACAGAUUGCUUUCGUGAUAAUGGGACGAUGGGAAGAGGUGGUGUUGUUUAUCUGCACCAGGCCGGUUCAUUUCAAGAGAUCCUGGCGCCUUCUUGAGUAAACAAUCAGAAUAAGUAACAUUUUUUGGCUGAUAGAUUGAUGUUGAUUCAAUUCCUAAUUUGUUUCUGUACUAAUCCGGUUCAUUUUCAAGAAAUCCAGACAUCCCGAUGGGAACAAUGACCAGAACCUAUAAUGUCUUUUACCUGAUAGAAUCAAUGAUGUGUACAAUUCUAAUAUUCUUGAUAUUUCUUUGCUGAUAGAAUGAUGUUUGUUUCGGUAGAUUGAAUUCGAAAUUCGUUUCUGCUUAGUGAAAGAGUUCAUUUCUU